UCGUCUCCAGUGUUGCUGAGUAGCGUUGACGUGACUAGACCCGACGAGGACGAGCGCUAGCUCCUCCAGCCAUGGCCUCCCUUCGCCCCUCGUCUCAUGACUUCCACGACAAGAAAUAUAUGAUGUUCACCAGAAACAAUGUCCAGAGAGCUGUCAGGAACGUGGGCGUAACUGAUCGUCUGGGGAUCUGGUUGGGUGUCCAUGAGAGGAGACGGAGGGAAAUUCAGAGUCAGUUCAGAGGAGAUGAGGGACAACAGGUGGAGGAAUAUGUCACCUACUUCAUGGACCACGACCCACUAGCCUCCUGGAGACCAGUUAUUGUUGUUCUUGAUCAGAUGAAAUUGUAUGGAGAGAAAGAGGGUGCAGAUAAGAUACGACAUCUGGCGGAGUCUGUCACAGACCCCACACUCACUAUCAACAACCUCCGUCAUGUCACCUCUUCAGUCCAGGACUGGGAUAAUCUGGGGGACUAUUAUUAUGGUCUUGGUGUUCCUCAUCCUGUGCGGGAUGAGAUCAAGAAGGAUCCUGCCCUGACAGAAGAGGAAAAGAAAACAAAGGUCCUACUCUACUUCCUCCAUAAUGUCCCGAUGGCCUCCUGGGAGAGAGUUGCAGGAGCACUAUACUACAUGAAGGAGGAGAGGGCAUUACAGGCAGUGAAGGAGUUCCUGCCAGACCCACCAGAGGCCAGUCUCACUCCAGAGAACCUCUCCACAGUUUUAGACAUCAUGAGUGACUGUCUGUGGAGGGAGUUUGGUGGAUAUGCCAACAUACCAGACUCUGAGAUAGACAGGAUCAAGGCACAGUGUACCAGUGACAGAGAGUGCAAACAGGCCCUCAUUCACUCCUUCGUAUCCUCACAUCCAGCACCAUCAUGGACUCUGGUGGCAUGGGCUCUCUACAUGACUGAGCGGGACAAGGGUGACGGCAGUAGUCUCAGAGCAUUGGAUCACCUGCAGCAGCUGUUCCCCACUGGAAGAUUCCGUUCCAAACAGAUCUACGAGCAGGAGAUGAAACGAGGCCACAUUGAGCUGGACCUGGACAAAAUGCUGCUCUUUGGCACGGCUGGCAGUGGCAAGACGUGCUCCCUCGCUGCACUGCUCGGAGUGGACCCUCCCACCAUCCGACACAGCACUCCAGUCAUGAAAAGACCCAUCGAGGUCGUGUUCGUGGACAUCGACGGCAAAAAACAGUGGAAGAAACGAACAUUAGACCAACUGCGAGACGUCGUCGCUGAAGUAAUCAAGUCGCGAAUGCCAAGGCAACAGGUAGUGGCACAGAGCAGUGGUGACACAAAGAAGACGAGUAGCUCCAUGCUUGAAGCAGCAAGGAAGGGCACAGCAUCCUCGGAGGAGAAGCCCAGCGCCAGGGAGCAGCAGGGGGCAGAAGGGAUGCUGGAUUCCCUGUUGCUGCAGUCGAGUGCGGUGGACGAGGGGUUUGUACAUCUCAUCAACAGUGCUCCUCCCUCCUUACUGCCCAUCCUGCGACUGAAGCAGUUCCUCGUGCUGGACUCUGGCGGCCAGCCCGAGCUUCUGGAGAUGAUGCCCGUCUUCCUGAGGGGUGCAUCCAAAUUCGUCUACGUCUUGAAACUCCACGAGUCUCUAGACAAGCGAGCGACGAUCCGUUACUUCAAAGACGGCAAGCUGGUGUGGGAGUACCCAGCCUACCUGACCAACGAAGGGACCCUGAGACUGUGCGUGCAGACCAUGAGAUCCCUUAACAACAAGAACCCAGACAUCCCUCCCGCCAAAAUGAUGUUUCUGGCCACCCACCGAGACAUGGUGGCAGACGAGCAGCUGCCCGGAGUGCUGGACACUCUGCACAAGAGCUGAGGGAGAUCCUCUUGCCUCAGUUCAGGGAGCAGCUCAUCUACUGUGAUACGAAACGGGACGACUUUGUCUUCACACUGAAUGCUGCAAAGCCGGAGAAGGAGGACAGGGAGAGUGCGGAGAGCAUUCGGGAGUGUCUUAGUAAGGAGGGGGAGGGGGGAAGGGAGGUGAAAGUGCCGUUGCGAUGGUACGCUCUGUACCAGAAGCUGCUGGAGGUGGCAAAUGAACUGGGGAAGAAGGUGCUGCCUCAAGUGCUGUGCCAGAUGGUUGCAGAGUCGAUGGAGAUCGAUGACGAGUCGUGUGGGGAAGCCCUGAAUUUCUUUGACAGUCUGAACAUGCUGUUCUACUUCCCCGACAUCCUGCCCCAGCUGGUGUUCAUUGAGUCACAGAUGUUGCUGGAUAAGGUCUCGGAGCUGGUGGAAGAGACCUACCACAUGAGGCAAGGAAAGAAGGGCGUGUCGGGGGAGAAGCUGAGGUUCCGUGACCACGGCGAAGUGACGGAAAAGUUUAUGGGCGAGUUCGAGAGCCACUACGAGCCACCUCUGUUCACACCCAAGGAGCUGGUGACCCUGCUAAAGGGGUUGCUGGUGUUUGCGGAGAUGUCGGAGGACGUGUACUUCAUGCCGUGUCUGCUGCAAGUGGUGGUGUGGAAGGUGGUGGAGGAACACCGAGUGAGUGGCGGGAAAGCCCUGGCUCUUCACUUCCCCGACAGCCGUCCCUUGAUGGGAACGUUCUGCUCCACUGUAGCUUACCUCCUUUCUCCCGAAAACAGUCACCCCUGCCGCUGGAGAGUGGCUCAGAACGAGGCAGGAGCUCCGAAAUGCCUCCAUCGCAACGUCAUCCAGUUCACCGUUUCAGACUACGCAGGCACCGUUUCACUCAUUGAUCACUUCACCCACUUUGAACUCCACCUAUGCACCCACCCCAAGAAAGCAGCUCAGCUGUGGAAACUGGCACACGACGCAGUGUUUGCAGGUCUCGAGAAAGCAGGGAAGACCAUCGGCUACACAGACUACACUCCAGUCCCAGCUAUCGUGUGCCCUGCCCACCCCCGUCCAGCCAAACCCCACCCUGCAGUCGUGACAGAUGGCAUCUGGGCAUGCUCAGUCAACUCUGGAAAGUUUGGAGACGUUGACGAGGACUCUAUUCCAUGGCUGACGCUCUGCACAUCUACCUCUGCUGAGUCAGCCACACCCUCUCCCUCCUCUUCAUCUUCUACAGUUUCCCCUUCCUCACAGCCUCCCCUCUCUGUCACCACAUCUCCUGGCUCCUCUACCACUGUCACCACUACUACCAACACUCCUAAUACCAUUGAAAGAGAGAUGUUGCAAAUGGAAGGAACAUUUAAGCAAAAGAAUUUGGUAGUAGUUAUCACUGGUCUAAUGGAGGCUGGUAAAACCACACUUCUGCACCAAUUGUUUGGUGAAGAUCUCCCCUUGCACUACACUAGCACAGGGGUUACAAAUCAGCCCUGGCGAGGGCUUACUCCAUUUAUGAUGGACGCUAAUGAAAAUAAGUUUAAGCUCCUGAAAAAUCAUGAGGAUAUCUUUGAGCUGGUAGCUAAAGUCGAAAUAAACACUUCGUAUGAAGAAAAAGAUGAUCAGACUCAAAAAGGGGGAAAUGUUCAUUCAAUACAGCAAGUGACCAAACUUCUCAGCCUACAAGAAGGGAAAAAGAUGUUUCAAUACUAAGGCAAAUGGAAUUGCAUGCUAACAGCACAGAAUUACACAAAGAUGGAGAUGGGGGAAAGGCAAGACAUGAACAUGUGUCCCCUGAAUCAACAAAGCCACC